AUGAAGGAGGAAAGGGGAUGGAAGGUGAAGGAGAACGAAGUGAAGAAAGAGAGAGAAAUCAAGGAGACGAAAGUGAAGAAAGAGAGAGAAAUCAAGGAGACGAAAGUCAAAAAUGCCGAUUAUUACCGGGGAAGAAAUGACUACGUACGUCGUGACCGAAUAUCCGAAGAAGAUAGGAUAUUGUUGGAUCAGUUCUUGGAAAGUGUUGAUUUAGGUGAAAUUAUUGUGGAGAGAGGCCCACAUCAGUUGACGGGAAGGCAUAUGUGCGAACUUUUAUUUGAUGAAAUGCUGAGUGCAGAACACAUAGAUUUGUACUUGAAUCUAUUAUGUUCCGAAUCUAUCAUGACCCAGCAUGGACAUGAGAUUGAUUACCUUGACUCCCCUGCCCAGCAAGAGUUAAUGUCGCGACCUCGGAUGGACGUAGAACGAAUGAGCGAUGCCAAGUUUGAUCGUCUUCUCAAUGAUUUUACUAUUUUUGGAACGAUGGCUUUUGACAAGCUAAACACAGCAAAUAUCUUCAGUAAAACAUUUGUCAUGAUACCUAUCAAUUCCAGUGAACACUGGUUCCUGCUUGUUCUGAACCCAAUAGAUAAAUGUAUUUACCAUUGGAACUCCAUAGACUAUUCUCCGAAUUUCCCAGGAAUUGCGGAUUAUGUCGCCUCGUUUUACAGCAAGGUGGUUGAAAGAAGGUCUGGGUUGCAGAUACAAUCGGAAGCUAAAUGGGUUCAUGGAUGCAGGCAGCAGGAUGGGAACCUUGAUUGCGGCUUGUUUGUCUGCAUGUGGGCAUAUUGUCAUGCUGUAAACAGUGAAGAAAUUUGGUUUAAGGCAAAAACUUGCGAUAUCAAAAUACUUCGCCCAAAACUAGCAGCUAUCUUUCUGAGGCAUCGGGGAGUAGAAGUGGAAGCUAAAUAUGAAAUAGAUCUGGCGUUAUUGUGA